AGUGAAAACUUGGAACCCUAAAAAUUGGAGAUAGUGGAAGAGAAUUGGGAAAAACCAUGCUUGGCCUUUCUCUGCCUUCGCGUGGUGCGCGUCGUCGUCGGCGUCGCCGACUGCGUCGGCUACUGCGGCAGCGUCAGAUAUCGACGCUAUGGGCACCAACUUAUCAGCCAGAACGAUACGAGAAAUGUCUGUGUUUUCGCGCUUCCACUCACAAACGUAACACGAAGUGGUUCGUUGUCAACAUAUCGAACCGAGACGACGAUAAUGAUAAUGAUAAUGAUUGGACGAAGAAAUUGAGACUCUCUCCGAUUUCCAGAACGAAAUGCGACUCUGAUAGCUCGUUGGUUUGCGUAGAUUCUACCAUCUAUCGCCUCGGUGGAUUUUAUCGUGCCCCAAAAUGUUAUAACAAUCGUCCUACUAAAGAUGUCCUCUGUUUGGAUGCUAGCUCUCCCUCUCCCCGAUGGAAGAGUAUCGUAUCUAUGAAUGUGAGAAGAACUUGCCCAACCACAGUGGUUGUUAAUGGAAAGCUGUAUGUGAUGGGAGGUAAUUCUAUCAGAAACCCUGCUGAAGAUACUGAAACUGAUCGCUGGGCUGAGGUCUUUGAUCCUCACACUAAGAAAUGGAGUUUUCUUCCCAAGCCUCCUGAUGAUUUGUUGCCUUCGGGUGAAAAUUUAGUAAUGUGUCUGGGUCUUGAGGAUUUACACAAGAUUAUGGUGACACCUUACAAUUCUUCAAAACAAGCCUACUUGUAUGAUAUUUCUCAAAACAUUUGGACUUCCAAGCACCAUGUCGAUCUAUGCGACCAUCGAUUUGUAUCUCGUGUUGAUAAUAAAGAUACGGCUGUGUUUGGGAAUACUCUGUAUUGGUACGACAAGAACUACCGCAGCGUGAAUGCGUACGAGUGGGAAACUGGGAAUUUAUUGUCCGGGAAGCUCAAAGGGUUGGGGACAGCAGGGUGGAAGAUGGAGGAUAUUCGGGUCCAAAAAGACAUUUAUUUAUUUCAUUUGAGUGGUAAAUUGUUCUGUUUGGUUUGGAAUGAAGAGCUUAGUAGUACUGUACAUUGCUCCAAAUUUGUAGUGGAUAAAUCAUGCUAUUCCCAUGACAAUUGCAAUGGGUCUCUUUGUGCUUGGGUUCUCUCUUCUCAAGAUUAUUAUCUUGGUCACAACACAACUCUUUACGAUGCUGCACUUAUGAAUAAAAAGUCUCUAUUUGAUUCUGCUGGAAAAGUGCAAUCACAUCAAGAAGAUAGCUCGGCAAUGAGUGUGGAACUCCCCAACUGAGUUGGUAGGGAAGCUGAGAAGACCAUGGUAAGCAAAACAAAAUUAUCAUGUUUAUUUAAGGUUGAGUUGUUAGUUAUUCCUUUGUGCUCUAGCUUGUAAUUGAUCUAUCUAUGCAACCCCAAAAAACAAGAAAAAAAAACCUAUUUAUGUACAUUAUUUGGUCAGGGCUUUGUUAUUUCUUAAUAUUUGGUCUUUCUAUAGAUAAAUCUAUAAUCUAAUUCACAUGUAAUUUUCCCCCCCUUCUCAGGUACAAAUCAGUUUCAUUUUUUUUUUGGCUUGUCGAAAUUGACCUUCCAUUUCUUAGCAUUUUUUUUUGUCAGCAAAAAAGAGAUUCAUUGAUGCAAAUAUAGAAUUACAAGGUGUAUAGACAAAUUACAUCAAGAAGACACAAAAAGCCAAGACAAAAAGUAUCAUAACUUAAAUAUCAUACCCUAGCUGGAUUGAAACAUUAAUCAAAGCCACUCAAAUGCAAAGUCAAAGGCCAACAAGAAGAAAUCAAGAACACACUAAAAAUUAAGAAUCUAACAGAGCAAUCCAAACACUUCCUUUCUUAGCAUUUGAAGCUUAUCAGCUAUUUCAUGGUAAUUGCAUUGUACCGUCUAUACUUAUUUGGUUUUUUCAUAGUAAGCUUCUGAUUUUUUGCACUCUAAUGGUUUGGUCACAAAGAGAAUUGAGAGUAGUUUUGAAGUCUGUAUUGCCUAUCAAAAAAAGAAUUAAGAGGUGAUUGUACUAGCUUCUUUAUCUAAUUUCAUUGGUUUGAAGUUUGUACAAGUUAGUUUGGUUCGAGUAAUUAUUGUGAGCUAGGUCAACUAAGCCUUAAUUUUUUAAUGCCCGCAUGCAUUUUGUCUGUGAUUCAAUUUUAUUAAUCUUUGUAUAAUGUUGAAUUUGUUUUAAUUUAGCGCUCACUUAAUGUUAGCAUGUUCAACUGAGGGUAUGGAUUGAAUAUAAGGUGAUGUGGCUUCUAGUGUGACAUAGUUUGUGAUGCAGAGUGUUUGGCUAUAAAAUUUCUAAAAUUCAUGGACAAACAAGGCAAAGGCAAAAGACACUAGUAGAGGUAAAACAACUUGUGCUUGGAAUGACGUGAAAUUCAGUCGAGACAUGGAAAAUGCCAUGGCAACUAGUACGCAUCGCUUCGCCAUGGCCUACUAUGGAUUACAGUUAGAUUCUAAUAUUUAAGCCUUUAAUUUCAUGAUUUUGCUGUUUUAGGAAAUAUUUGAUUUGUCUAUAUAACUCGGUCUAGACGAAUCCAAUUGGAGCUAGAUUUUUUCCCACUAUAUGUAUUUUUAGUUUCCACAUUUGAGCUUAACUCAAAUAUUUCUAUUUUUAGUUUUUUUUUUUUUGUUUUUUGGGUACCGUCUUUGAUUUAGUCUUGAUUAAGUAU